AUGCUUCAAAUUCACCAGCAGCUGACAAACAACUUCAGCCAUCUCGGGCAGUCGCUGGUGGGGAAUGUCCAGGUGUACAACGGCUGUGUUGGACCUGCCCACCUUCGUAGCCUGGUGUUCGUCUUCUCCGAUGUGCUCGAGUGGAUGAGCGCCACGGCCGAAGUUUUCAUUGACGGCACAAUCAAAGUCGCGAAGCAUUUGCCCGCCGACUGCCAGCAAGUACUAUCUGUGGUAACCAGCUGGAAUGACCAUGUGGUGCCCGUAGCAUAUGUUCUUAUGUCGUCGAAGUCUGAGGAGAGCUACCUUCACGCCCUUCAACGGCUGCGGGACCUCGGUUUGGUGGGGCGUCUUUUUAAGACAGACUUUGAACUGGGCCUCAUGAAUGCCACCCGGCGUGUGUUUGGCACACUGCCCACAUUCCGGCUCUCUGGGUGCCUUCUUCAUCACGUCUUCAGGGUGCAUGAGUCCGUCGGCAGGAUGCACCUGACGGACUUAUUUAGGGACACCGCGAAUGCCCUUACAAUGCUGCGGCGAUUGUGUGCUCUGCCGCGCUUGCCAGCCGAACAGAUAGGGGAGGGCUACACGGCUGUGUGGCAUGAGUUCCGGCGCCGUGAGCCGCAACUUUACGCAGCGGUGUACCCGUUCCUUAUGUACUACCAUGAACAGUGGCUCAGCAUUGUGCGCCCAAGCCGGCUCAGCGUGUACAAGCAAUACCACGCCACGACCAACCACGUCGAGACCAACCAUCGGCACUUCAAGCGUUUCCUGCAGACACCUGUGCCAAAUUCAUGGGACGUCAUAG